GGAUUUCUAGGGACGGUGGGCGGGUCCAAGCGCGAGUUCUCGCGAGAGGAGGCGGCGGCUGCAUUAGCGGCGUCUGGCAGACACGUGCAGGCGGCGGGCCGGACAAGCGGAGUCCGGGACGAAGCGGCGUUGCUGCGGUAACUGAGUGGCCCCGUCCCGCGAUGGUUCUAAGAUUUCGUAAUGUUUUUCCUUACGCCCUCCCUGGCGUGUUGGCCCUCUUUGGCUGGUGGUGGUACAUCACCCGGAAGAAAAGCCGUGCAAGUAUCUGUAAUAAACAGCUUCCUGCUGUGCCAGAGAAGGACAACAAGAUUGGGGAAGAGAAUCAUGCUACUGUAGAGGAAGGUACAAAUGAAACGGUCACUGCUGCCAAGAAAUAUAACCAGAAGGAAAGUACAGCCAAGUUGCAAGUAGUGCCAACUGUACAGGCUGAAACACUAGGAAAACCAGAUAUUGCUGCAAAUUUGUUCCGGGAUGUCAGUGCAGAAAAGAAUGCUCAAAAGUUAGUUCUGGACUCCUCUCAAACCCAAGAAGCUCUUUUCAUGCCCAAUGUGCAAGGCCCCAUUCAGGUAUCACCCAAGCUUGAAAAGGAUGGUUACCUCCAUCAAAUGAUGGAUAAAACCACUGUUGGUUCUUUGGAAACACGACAAUCUUCAGUCUACAAUGUUACGAGUUCUCCAUUCUCUAUUGCAAAGUCUUCUGAUAACCUAGAAGCCAAAGGAAAAAUUGACAAAACUUUACCAAAACUCACUACAGCAGCUCCAACAGAAUGUGAACAUCUGGUGUCUGAUCACCAUUCCAUGGAAAGGCCUGAACCAGAAGGUGAAAAUUCAGGAAAUACAACAGAGCCAGCAUGUUUCAAAACAGCACUGAAUAGUGUUGGUAUUAGUCCCUAUUUAAUUCAAGCUGGUCUUCACCAAGAAUCUGAGCAGAGAAACCAAUUCAGUAAAGAAGCUUGCUUCACUGAUGACAGCGUGUCCACUGAACCAAUUGACAAACGAGUUAAUCUGGAUAAGAUUGAAGAGGCUGCUGCAGAUUUGAUCUCAGAGGUAAUAAUGGCUGCCAAAGAAGAAUUGUGUUCUUCACAGCUGGGUCCUUGUGCAGAGGGAGAGUGCACAACUGGAGUGGAAAAUAAGCUGACAAAUUCCAUGGUAUUGCCUGUGGCUAGAGAUGCACGUGAAGUAUGUGCUGAGUUAAGGGAGGUCACUGAAGAGAACUAUAAGACAGAAGUAACACCAAAGAGCGUGAUUCCAAAGGAGAGGGCAGCUAAAGACUUGACUGAAGAGAUCUGUAAAGAUGAAGAGCAAGGCCAUUCCAGAGAGUUGACCACCUCCAAAGUACACGGCAACUCUUUGGAAGAAGCUAAUCCAAUAGCAGAAGAUUCUGGUUUCGGUGUCUGUCUCUCAGAAGAUGGAGUUGAUGGAGAAUAUCUAUCCCAAGCCAAUGUGGGUCCUUGCAACCAAGAAAACCAUAAAGGCUCAUUGAGUAAUUGCCAGGCAACCAAUGUUCAAAGUGAACUGACUUGCAAGGAGAAGCUUGGAGGGCCAAAGGUGUUAUCAAGUGAAACUAAUGUGAAAGAAAGUGUUUCAAAGGAUUGUGCUAAAGUUGCACCUGGGAGCACAAGUCAGUUGUGCACAGAGGAGUUGCAGCCCAGUACAGUUAAUGACAAAUCUUCAGAGGAAUUGAACAUUGUCACAGAGGAUUCUGGAUGCAGUGUUUGCUACUCAGAAGAUGUAUCUGGAGGAGAUCUGCCACUGAGCCUAGUAGAAAGCACACUAGAAAAUACAGACACACUACAUAACUCUGUAGCUGGAGAAGAUUCCUUGGGGCAGGAUCCGAAACAUGGACAUAAAUCUACACUACAGGAUGACACUAAACUCUCACAUGCCAAUGGAGGUCAAGAGGAAGCUGCUGAUGGGGCUUCCCACUUUCAGCUUGAAAUGGAGUAUGAUCAUUCUGGAGCUUCAGAUGUAAAUAGCAUGGAUUCAAAUGACAGUGGCUGUACAGCAGGUGGUGCAGAAUGUCAGAGCAGAGACACUACGAAAGGCAAAACUGAACUUAUCAUCUGGGAGGUACAGGUGCCAAAGCAUCUGGUUGGACGGUUAAUUGGUAAACAAGGACGGUACGUGAGUUUCUUGAAACAGACCUCUGGUGCCAAGAUUUACAUAUCCACAUUGCCUUAUACACAAGAUUUCCAGAUCUGUCAUAUAGAAGGGAAUCAGCACCAGGUAGACAAAGCACUUGACCUGAUCGGAAAGAAGUUUAAAGAGCUGGAUCUUACAAACCUGUAUGCUGCACCUCCAUCUCUGACAAUACCAGCACUGCCCAUAACCUCAUGGCUCAUGCUUCCAGAUGCAGUAUCUGUUGAAGUGCUGGUGGUGAAUAUUGUCAACGCAGGGCACAUGUUCCUGCAGCAGCACACUCAUCCGACGUGCCACGUACUACGUAACAUGGAUCAACAAAUGUUUAUUGUUUACUCUCAGCCAGGAAUCCCAACACUGACACCUCCAUUAGAAGUUGGUAUAAUUUGUGCAGCUCCAGCAGUAGAUGGGGCUUGGUGGAGGGCCCAAGUCGUUGCUUUUUUCGAAGAAACAAAUGAAGUCGAAAUUCGCUAUGUUGACUAUGGUGGCUAUGAACGAGUUAAAAUUGAAGCAUUACGACAAAUCAGGUCUGACUUUGUGUCACUCCCUUUCCAAGGGACUGAAGUCCUGCUGGAUAAUAUAAUGCCCCUCCCAGGUGAGGACCACUUCUCAGAUGAAGCAAAUGCUGCGAUGGAUGAAAUGACACGUGGCGCAGCUUUACUUGCCCAGGUGACUGGUUAUGACAACAGUGGCACACCUCUCAUACACUUGUGGAGUAUAGCUGGUGAUAAGGUCCUGUUGUUAAAUAGAUUCCUGGUGGAAAAAGGACAUGCACAGUGGAUGGAGAGCUACUAGUCUGCAGCUGGAAGCCAUUUUUCUAAACUCAUUUUGCACUGCAUUGUAAUUCAAUCAUUUGCUAGCUGUGCAGAUGUGUAUAUAAGUCACUGUAUUAAUAUUUUGUAAGAUCUCACAGUACAUAAAGGGGACUUUUUUCAAAGUUAUGGAAUCUAUAGGUAAGUGAUUGUCACUUAAUUGUCAUGUCUGAUUAAUUUGAUAUUUAAGAGAAGCCUUAUUGUCAUUGUACAGAAUAGUUUUGCUAGAUGACUUGAAUGGAAUGAAAUUGUGAUCAAUGAGUUUGCUACUUGGUUGUACAGACCUGUAAAAAGCACCCAAAAAAACUGACAGAAUUCAGCUUGUGUGGCGUUUUUUUUUUAUAUUGUAGCUUGGAGCUUUGCUCAUUUGUUUUGUCAUUUGUAAUUCUGUAUUUCCAGUAAGAAGGCACUGAAAUAAUUUUUCUCUGAUUUGAGGAUCUAAUGCACACCAGCUAGAAAAAUCUUCUGGUGUGAUACAAUCUUGUAGGUUAAGGAUGUUCACACACAAUCUGAAGUGAUACUUCUUUGCUAUUUCUUAGUUAGAACUGCGGUCCUUCAGAGGUUAAAACCAAAGCUUUGUGAUAUAUUAAUAUACAAUCCCAAGAGACUAGAUUUCCAUAAUAAGUUAGAAUUCAACUUUAAAAUACCUAGAUGGGGCAAACACCACAGUAAGAUGACAUGAAUUACUAUUUACAAAAUAUAUAUUUUGGGGGAAAUUCCAUAUAAUUUCUUGCAUUCUUUUGGCCAGUGGAGUGAUCCUUUGUCUAAUAGUGGUUGGUGGAGGAAGCUUAUUGCUGCUUUAGUUCCAAAAAAAAUAGUACUGUUAAGCUAGCCACUUUGCUAGCUGCCCUAGUUUGCCAAGAUGUGGUUUUAGAUUUUGAUAAUGUAAUUAUAACUGGGCAUAUUGAUUCAAUGUAUCUUGCAGUAUUUUACCUGCUAAUUUGUUCAUGCAACCUAAUCUGCUUUGAAUUUGUAUCCUGAGUUUAUCCUUCCAAUUAACACCUGCUAAAAUGUGCUGAAUCAAAUAAUCGCCCAUUGGCGCCACUCUUAUCUAAUUACCUCAUGGUUCAUCUUUGAAUUUGCUUUCUUUGUGGUGUGAUAAAAUUGUUUUUGGGAUUUUCUGAGUGCUUUGUAAAGACUUGUCAUCUAUGGAUUUUGCUGUUAUCCCAGCAUUCUACCUCUUUUACCACAUUGCUUCGAUAUUGAAAGUGACAAGUCUUUUACUAGCCCCAGGCACCAAGUAUAUCAGACUAUUUAUUCAUUGUGUAUGUGACAUCUAUUUUCAUUCAGUGUGUAAUAUACAUUGUUUCUCAACACAGUUUCAUGUUUCAACCUAAUUUGUGUAAAGUUGUACAAGCUUCUAGUUGCCUUUUAAUUUAGCUGGGUUAUAACUAGGGUUGCAGCAUCCAUGCAAUUUUGUAUAAUUAAGACUGGUAUUUAUCUAAUCUCUUGGACAACAUCAAAACUUCUCGUCACACUGGGUGGAUACCUUCUGCGAUUGUAAUGCAGCAAAGUCAUUUAGCAAACUCAACCCAUUGAGAAGAGUUGCAAUUUGUUAGUAAUGUUGAUUCAAGCCCAGACAUCACGUUUGCAGAGUCAAGACAGCAGGCUCCAUCUUCAUUCUUGAACAUCUGUGGUGUCAUGACUCUUGUUUUCAAAUUAAACUGCAAGUGAACGGGUACAGUACAGCACUUGAGCUACCCAUCUCAAUGAAGAAAGACCUGGAGCUGGCCUGCAGGAUUGAAGUAGGUGUCUCCUGCCUGUGCCUCCAACUCAGUACAUAUGUAGUUUUAGUCUUAUUCUUUUUCAGCCCAUAACUGGUCCCUCUGAACUUGCCAAUUUGUUACAACUCAUCACAACUCAUCUUUGUUGUCCUGUGUCAUGUGGCAUGGGUGAUCAUGAUCUUCCAUCUGUCUUUAAUCUGAAGUUCCAAUAAGCUCAACUUUUGCAUAUCCAUCCCAUGAUGUAUCUCAUGAAUGUCAACCUCAACUUUUUCUUCUAUCAAUUUAUCUUUUUGCCAUCUCUGCAAGAUGUUUGAGCUUCUUUCCUUAGUACGUGUUCCAGAACUUCCAGUUGCCGGUUCCUGAUUGAUAUCUGCUCUCCUCUUUGGCUUUAAACAGCACAUCCUCAUUUGUUACUGUCCUUCACAAUAGUUUUAUCAUUCUCCUCAAAAAUCCCAUUUCCACAACUUAGACUCUAGCCUCGCUUUGCUUUGAUAUUGUCCAGCAUUCACUCCCAUCUGUUGGUAUGGAAUGAACAUAGCGCCAUAACAAUUUCUAUGGGUAUGAAACUCUUAUUUAGUAUCUUGCAUUUAGCAAUACCAAUCCUUCUAAUUUCAAUAUCAACCCUACUGCCAAAUGUUAUUGUACUCCCCUAGUAGUUAAAUUUAAAUGUUUAAUUGUUUUGUUGCCUACUUUCAAUUUGCAUUUCUGUAUUUUUGGCAACCAUACAUUUGCAGUCAUCCUGCAGUUGAUGGUCAAUUGUCUCUUUGCACUUCCUUCAACUUUUUAGUAUUUCUUAGGGCUUCUCUUUAUCAGCACUGUCAUAUGAUGUUCAAAUUUUAACAGCCAAUGAUCACACUUGGAAUACUGCUAAUUUCUCUUAGAAUCUUCUCGCUAUAAUAGUUGAAUAGGUUUUGUGAGAAAACCAACACCGUCUGAUUCAUCUUAAUCUGGACAAAAUCACUUGUCUCAUUUUGAACUCAUUCCUGAUUAUUGUUCACAAUACAAGUUUCUUAAUGAUUCUGAUUAUCCAAGUCACUAGCAUCACAAUUAGGAGGAUUCCUUGCUUAUUUCUUAAGCAGCAUUUCACUGACUCCUGCUCAAGAGCUGGGUAUUGGUAUUAAUAAAAUAUUUAGUACAGGAGGAUUUUUAGCCGGGGCUGGUGAAUCUAUAAACUUCUUGGCACAGACAGCUGUGAAAGCUGAGCCAUUGAAUGCAUUUAUCAAAUUACACUUGCUGACAUACAGAACAUAGAACAUUGCAUCAAGGAACGGAUCCUUCACCCAGUAUUGUGCUGAACCAGUUAAAUAAAUUUUUAAUAACCCAAAAACAAAUCUUCUCCCCCAUCCUCCAUGUAUUCAUGUGCCUAUCUUAACAUCUCUUAUGAACCUGUAAUGUAUUUGCCUCUACCACCAUACCAGGUAGCAGAUUCUGAGUUUAAAAAAAACUUAACCUUCACAUCCCCUUUGAACCUACCCUCUCAACUUCAAUGUAUUCUCUCUGGUAUUAGAUGUUUCUUCUGUGGCAGCAAUACAUAAUUUAAAAAAAAACAAAUAGUGAGGUAAUACUCUGGACCACCUCAAUGGUAACAAUGAGAAGAGGGCAUAGCCUCAUGGGUAGGGUUCCUUUUGAGGCAUUGCCUUUUGAGAAUGUCCUCCACUUGGGAGGCAAGUGCGUAUGAAGAAGAUGCCUGAGUUCAUAACUUUCUGCAGCUUUUUCUGAUCCGGUGCAUACCAGACAGUGAUGCAACUAGUUAGAAUGCUCUCCAAGGUAUACCUGUAGAAAUUUGCAGAAUUUUUGGGUGUCAUACCAAGUCUCCUCAAACGCCUAAUAAAAUAUAGGCUGCUGCUAUGCCACCUUUGUAAUUGCUUCAGUAUGUUGGGGCCCAGGAUAAAUCUUCUGAUACCCAGAACUUUAAAAAAAAAAAUUAAAUACAACAUGAAACAGACCCUUCCAGCUAUGCUGCCCAGCAAUCCCCCCCACAAUUUAGUCCUAUCCUAAUCAGGACAAUUGACAAUGACCAGCUGGUUUGUCUUUAGACUGUGGGAGAAAACCCAUGCUGUCAUGAGAAUGUGCAAACUUCUUACAGGCAUGGCAAGAACUGAACCCAGGCUGCCAUUACUGUAAAGUGUUGUGCUAACCACUGUUACUGUGCUGCCCCACUUGCAGCUGCUCACCCUUUCCACUUCUGAUCAAUCAAUGAGGACUGGUGUGUAUUCUUUCAAUUUCCCCUCAAGUCCAUGAUCAAUUAUUUGGUCUUACUGAUGUUGAGUGCAAGGUUGUUGUUCCAUCACCACUCAACCAGCUGAUCUAUUUUGCUCCUAUACAACACCUCAUACCAUCUGAAAUACUGCCAACAAUAUUUGAGUCGUUGGCAAAUUUAUAGAUGGUGUUUGACCUAUGCUUAGCCACAGAGUCAUGAGGCUGGAGCAGUGGGCUAAGCACGCCUCCUUGACGCUCACCAGUGUUGGCUGUCAGUGAGAUGUUAUUUCUCUCUGCAUUGAUUGGUCUUCCCAUGAGGAAAUCGAGGAUCUAGUUGCAGAAGGAGGUACAGAGGCCCAGGUUUUGGGACUUAUUGAUUAGAACUGAGGGUAUGAUUGUGUUGAAUGCUGAGCUAUAGUUAAUAAACAGCAGCCUGACUGAUGUAGGUGUUAUUAUCAUCCAGGUGAUCCAAAGCCUAUUAGAGCCAGUGAGACUGCAUCUGCUGUAGACCUACUGUGGCGAUAGGCAAAUUGCAGUGUCCAGCUCCUUGCUCAGAGUUGAUUUUUAACCAUAACCCACCUCUUAAAGCACUUCACUGUAGAUGUGAGUCCCGCUGGAUGCUAGUUGUUGAGGUGGCUCACCCUGCCCUUAUUGGUAUGAUUGUCACCCUUUUGAAGCAGAUGGGAACCUCCAACUGCAGCAGUGAGAUUGAAGAUACCCUUGAACAUUCCCACCAGUUGGUUGGCACAAGUUUUCAGUGACCUACUAGGUACACCAUCAGGGCCCGAUUCCUUGUGAGGGUUCGCCCUCAUGGAAGAUGUUCUGAUAUUAGCCUCUGAGACACAUCACAAGGGCACCAAAUGCUGCAGGGAUUCACGAGUCUAAUUUUCUCCCUUUUAAAGUGUGCAUAAAAGGUACUGAGCUCACCUGGCAGUGAAGCAUCAGAGCUUUUCAUAGGGCUUACAAACCCUACCAGAGCUGGCGGACAUCCGAUUCCAUCUCUAAUCUCAAUCUGAUUUGAUUUUUUUGCUCUUAGAAUACCUUUCCAUAGGUUGUACCUGGACUUGUAUAAUUCUGGAUCACCAGUCUUGAACACCACAGAUCUAGCUCUUAGCAACCUAUGAAUCUUCUGGUUCAUCCAUGGCUAUUGGUUUGGGUAUAUCCAGUGUUCUCGUAGGCACACACUCAUCCAGAGGUCAGUGACAAUGGUGACAAUUCAUUCAGAUUCGAAGAUGGAUUCCUGAAUAAUGUCCAGCCUACUGACUCAAAGCAGUUCUGUAGGAGCUCUUCUGCCUCCUUUGACCGUACCUUCAUGGUCUUCACCACUGGUGCUGGGGUCCUCUGUUUCUGCCUAUACGCUGAGAGUAGAAGCUACAGCUAGGUGAUCAGACUUUCCAAAAUGUAAAUGUGCGAGAGCAUGGUAAGUGUUCUUGAUGGUGGUAUAACUGGUCAAAUGCAUUGGCUGCUCUGGAGAGGGUAUUUGGGGAGAAGGGGAGGUUGACCUAGGAAAACCACAGCAAUCAGGUGUCUGGCUCUGUUGGGCAGAGAAAAUUGAGGGGUGGGAGAAGAUGCGUACUGUAAUGAUGAGGGAUUCGUUGGUUAGGGGAGCAGAAGAUUCCAUGGUAAAAAAACGAGAUUCCUGGAUGAUAUGUUGCCUCCUGCGUGCUGGGUUCAGAGACGUGUCAGUUUGAGUCCACAGCAUUCUGAAGUGGGAGGGUGAGAGGCUGUGCCUUGUGGUCCAUGUCGGUACCAAUGAUGUGGGUAGGAGGGCUGCUAAGGUCCUCCAAAAUGAAUUCAGCAAGUGAGCUAAGUUAAGGGAUAGGAACUCCAGGGUUCUCAUCUCCAGGAUUGCUACCUGUGCCACUUGCUAGUGAGGCCAGAAAUAGAAGGAUCAUAUAGUUUAACAAGUGGCUGAGGAGUUAGUGCAGGAGGGAGGGUUUCAGGUUAUUGAAUCAUUGAGCUGUCUUCUAGGGACAUUGGACUACAGAAGUGGUGGUUUGUUCCUGAACCGGAGGGGGACUAUUCUAGCGGGAAGGUUUGCUAGUGCUGCAUGGGGUGGGCGGGGGUGGGGGGGAGAAAGGAGAUUAAAACUAAAUUUGCAGGAGGAUGGGAACUAAACCAAAUGGUGGAAUAGUUGGGCAAAAAGAUAUUGUUAAGCCUACAUACAAAGUCAGGAGUCAAAAGGCCAAGCAUAGUGGGACUAACAUUCAGACCUGCAUAUAUUUCAAUGCGAGGAGUUUUAUAGGAAAUGUUUGGGGCAUGGAUCAUCAUGUGGAAUUGCAGGUGGGGCAGAACUGGCAGCUCAAAUGUUGCACUGUUCUGUUGCUUUAGAUGUGAUAGAGUGGGAGGGAUUAAAUGGGGAGGGUGGCAUUACCAGUCAGGGAAAAUGACAGCAGUGCUCAAUCAGAACAGACUUGAGCUUGUCCAGUAAGGCUUUGAGUAGAACUGAGGAAUAACAAGGUAUGAUCCUGUUAAUAGGAUUAUAUUAUAGACCAUCCAAUUCACAAGAUUUAGAGAAGCAAAUUUGUAGAGAUCGCAGACUGUUUAAAGAAGUGUAAGUUUCUGAUAAUAGGUGAUUGUAACUUUAGACAUUGACUGGAACUCCCAUACGGUAAGAGUUGGAUGGGAAUGGGUUUGUCAAAUGUGUUCAGGAAAGUUUGCUUAACCAGUGCAUAGAAGUCCCAACUAGAGAGAGUGUGAUGUGAGAUUCAGGAAUUAUUGAAAAGAAUAGGUCAGGUCAUUAGGUUGAGAUUCUAUCACCAUCACCCAAGGCUGUGUAUUUCAGGCACCUACCACUCCUUGUGUAUAUACAAAAGAACUUUGCCCCAAACAUCUUUGAACUUGCCACCUCUCACAUUAGAUGCAUGCCCUUUGGUAUUAGACAUUUCAACCCUGAGAUAAAGAUAUUAGCUUUCUAUCAACACCUCUCAGCUUAUAAACCUCUCGUAUCUCUGGUCAGCCUCUGCUGCUUCAGUUUGGAGCCACUCUAGAUAUUUUUAUGUCGGACAUGUUUUUUCCCUUCUGAUUUUCUUUUUUAAACAGUGCAGAGGGUAGAAUUAAGAAACUGCAAGGAUAACAAGACCCUGAUGAGAGUUCUAUACAGACUCUAAACAGUAGCCAAGAUGUGGGCUACAAAUUACAACAGGAGAUAGAAAACUUAUGUAAAAAGUGCAAUAUUACAAUCAUCUGAGGGAUUUCAAUCUGCAGGUAGAUUGGAAAAAUCAGGUUGGUGCUGGAAACCAAGAGAGGGAAAUUGUAGAAUGCCUACGAGCAGCUUGUGGCUGAGCCCACUAGGGGAAUGGCAAUCCUGGAUUGGGUGUUGUGUAAUGAACCAGAUUAGAUUAGGGAGCUGAAGGUAAAGGAACUCUUGGGAGCCAGUGAUGAUCAUGUGGUAGAAUUCACCCUGCAUAUUGAGAGGGAGAGGGAGAAGCUAAAGUCAGAAGUAUCAGUAUUAUAGAAGGGAAUUUGAGGCAUGAGAGAAAAGCUGGUCAGAGUGGAUUGGAAAGGACACAGCAGGGGAUGACAACAGCAAUGGCUGGAGUUUCUGGGACCAAUUUGGAAGGCAUAAAAGCAAGAGAGGAUAUAUAAUAUAGCAAAAAUUAGUGGAAGUUAGAGGGAUGCAAGUUUUUUAAAAAUGGAAGGCAACUAAAAAGCUAGCCAAUAAUGAGGAUGCAAAAUGUUUCUUCAGACAUGUACAGUGAUAGACUGCUGAAAAAUGAUAAUGAGUGAAUCUGCAGAUGCUGGAAAUAAAUAUAUAGCCCAAAAUGCUGGCAGAACUCAGCAGGCCGGACAACAUCUAUGGGAGGAGGUAGUGACGACGUUUCGGCCCGAAAUUGCUGAGUUCUGCCAGCAUUUUGUGUUUUUAUUUGCUGAAAAAUUAUGCUGGAGAGGUAGUAAUGCUGGACAAACUUAAGUACUUUGCAUCAGUCCUCGCUGGAAGACACUAGCAAUUGCCAGAAAUUAGAGUAUCAGAGCAGAAAUAAGUGUAGAUACUAGCAUGAAUAGAAGAUUGGCUGACUGGCAUAGGCAAAGUGGGAAUAAAGAGAGCUGCCAGUGACUAGUGGUGUUCUGUAGGAGUCCGUAUUAGGACUGUUUUUGUAUUAUAUAUUAGUGAUUUGGUUGGCAGAAUUAAUGGCUUUGUGGCUAGGUUUGUGGAUGAUACAAGUAGUGUGGGCAAGUAGUGUCGAAGAAGGAAGUCUGCAGAAGGACUUGGACAGAUUGGGAGAAUGGGCAAAGAAGUGGCAGAUAGAAUAUAGAGGAGUGUAUGGUCAUGCACUUUGGUAGAAAGAGUAAAGGUCUAGACUAUUUUCUAGAUGUAAUGCUUUAUAAAGUAUUGGUCAGACCACACUUGGCAUGUUCUGAGCAGUUUUAUGUCCCUCAUUUCUAGAAAAAAAAAUGUGCUGGCAUUGGAAGGGUCCAGAGGAACUUCAUAAGAAUGACCCUAAGAUUGAAAGGCCAACAUCAGACCUUCUGAUGGCUCUAGGCCCGUACUCACUGGAAUUUAGAAGAGAGAAUGAAGGGGGGAUCUCAUUGAAACAUAUGAAGCUGGAUGGGAGGAGGGCGUUUCCUAGGAUGGGAGUCUAGAACCAGAGGGCACAGCCUCAGAAUUGAGGGACAUCCAUUUGGAACAGGUGAAGAUGAAUUUCUUUAGCCAGAGGGUGUGAAUCUGUGGGGUUUAUUGCCGCAGAUGGCUGUGGAGGACAAGUCAUUGGGCAAAUUUAAAGUGGUUCUUGAUUAGACAGGGUUUCAAAGCUUAUGAAGAGAAGGCUGGAGAAUGGGGUUGAGAGGGAUAAUGAUUGACAUGACAUGAUUGAAUGACAGAGCAGGUUCAAUGAGCCAAAUGACCUAACUGCCCCUGUCUUAAAGCACCCAGGAUCCAGAUUCAGAUUUAUUUAUGUCACUUGUGUUAACAACCACCACACAGAAGAAUGUGCUGGAAGUCCACACAGUCCAGCACCAACAUAACAUGGAAGCAGAAUGAAGAAGAUAUUUCAGGUCAAUAAUUUUAUGAAGGAGGAAUCACUAACUUGAAGCUCUUUUUCUUUUUCCCUAACAGAUCUGAUCUGAGUGCAUCCUUUAUACUCAACUAUUUCUCACGUACAGGGUAUUCAUCUUUUGCAGCGUCUUGCUUCAUUAACGGGUCAUGUCAUCCCAUAGUUUGAAUAGCACCAUACUAUGAGGUACAGAAAUGGGACCAGUUGUGUUGUGUUGUAGCCCAGCCACUUCAACGAUCAAUGUGCUGUGUACAGUGAUACUCUUCCACACACUACUACUGUUGAAAUGUGUGGUUACUUGCCGUACUGUUGUCCUCCUAUCAACUUGAACCAGUCUGAACGUUCUGCUCUGACCUCUCAUUAUCAAGGCAUUUUCGCCCAUGGAACUACCACUCACUAGCUGCUGCUUUUUCUUUUUUUUUGCACCAUUCUCUGUAAACUCUGGAGAUUGUGUGUGAAAAUCCCAGGAGAUCAGUUUCUGAGAUACUCAAACCCACCCCAUCUGGUACUAACAAUCAUUCUACUGGCAGUCACUUAGAUCACAUUUCUUCCCCAUUCUGAUUGGUCUGUGCAACAACUGAAUCUCUUGACCACAUCAGCAUGCUUUUAUGCAUUGAGUUGCUGUUGCAUGAUUGUCUGAUUAGAUUUUUGCAUUAAUAAGCCAGUGUUCCAAAUAAAGUGUCCACUGAGUGUGUUCAGUAGCACGAGAGUCCAGGGGUUGCUUUCUCUGUAUACAGUGAACUAAGUUACAUGUGCUCCCCUUUUUUUUCUGAUUGGCUGAAUUCAAAGAUGCUUUAAGAUGAGCCACAGCAUUAAACAAGCUGUAUUUGCAUAAAAUACAUAUUCAGUAAUCUUUGCAGUCAAGGCAAUCUGUUUCUCUGUGCUUUAUUAAAAUAUGCAAUUAAUAAUCCUAACAUGAGCCUUCUUUUGAAGAUGAGUUGCUAUUGCCACUGCGACGUAAUCACAGACCAACAUGUUGAAGAGGCCUCUUUCAAUUUAUCUCUCUCAAGCCCUUACUGAUAGUUCCUGUCCUUACUGAUUGUUUGAAAAUGUCUUUUUCAAUGUGAGGUCCUUUCUCAUCAUUAUGGUAAUGGAGGCUUGGAUUUGUCUGCCUACAAACUAAAUCUUUGUUGUUAUCUGAACUUGCAGAUCUCUUAAUUACCAGUUUGUCUCAAAACUUGGGCAGUAUAUUUACCUUGAACUUAGUUUCGAUAUUGAAAUUUACUUGGCCCCUCGCAAGCUGGAUUGUUGUCUCAAAUCUUCACACAAGGUGACAAGGUAAAGAUGAAUACAUGGAAAUUGUAUUCUGCCUCUGGUCUGUACAACUUAGUAUUGGAACUACUGAAUAGUUUUGCUUUUGAGGUACUACAAACCCCAUUUCCAGAAAAGUUGGGAUAUUUUCCAAAAUGCAAUAAAAACAAAAAUCUGUGAUAUGUUAAUUCACGUGAACCUUUAUUUAACUGACAAAAGUACAAAGAAAAGAUUUUCAAUAGUUUUACUGACCAACUUAAUUGUAUUUUGUAAAUAUGCUCAAAUUUAGAAUUUGAUGGCUGCAACACACUCAACAAAAGUUGGGACAGAAGCACGUUUACCAUUGUGUUACAUCGCCUUUCCUUUUAAUAACACUUUUUAAUCAUUUUGGAACUGAGGAUACUAAUUGUAGUAGAUUUGCAAUUGGAAAUUUUGUCCAUUCUUGCUUGAUAUAAGACUUCAGCUGCUCAACAGUCCGUGGUCUCUGUUGUCUGAUUCUCCUCUUUGUGUUGCGCCAUACAUUUUCAGUAGGAGAUAGAUCUGGACUGGCAGCAGGCCAGUCAAGCACACGCACUCUGUGUCUACAAAGCCACACUGUUGUAGCCCGUGCAGAAUGUGGUCUGGCAUUGUCCUGCUGAAAUAAGCAUGGACGUCCCGGGAAGAGACGUCGCCUUGAUGGCAACAUAUGUCUCUCUACAAUCAUAAUAUAUGCCUCAGAGUCAAUAGUAUCUUCACAUACAUGCAACUCACCCAUGCCGUGAGCACUGAUGCACCCCCAUACCAUCACAGAUGCUGGCUUUUGCACCUUUCGCUGUUAACAAUCAGGAUGGUCGUUUUCAUCUUUGACACAGAGAACUUGACACCCGUUUUUUCCGAAAACUAGCUGAAAUGUGGACUCAUCUGACCACGGCACACGGUUCCAUAGUCCUUCGGUCCAUCUGAGAUGAGCUCGGGCUCAGAGAACUCGCCAGCGUUUCUGUGUAGAGUUGAUGUAUGGCUUCCUCCUUGCGUAAUACAGUUUCAAGUUGCAUUUCUGGAUGCAGCGACGGACUGUGUUAAGUGACAAUGGUUUUCCGAAGUACUUCCGAGCCCAGGUGGCUAUAAUUGUCGCAGUAGCAUGACGGUUUCUUAGGCAGUGCUGCCUGAGGGCUCGAAGAUCACGCACAUUCAACAGUGGUUUCCGACCUUGCCCUUUAUGCACAUGUCUCUGAAUUCUCUGAAUCUUUUCACAAUAUUAUGUACUGUAGAUGUUGAAAGACCUAAAUUGUCUGCAAUCUUGCUUUGAGAAAUGUUGAUUCUGUAGAAUCAAUGAUAGAAAAAUUGAAGCCCCCCCACCCCUCCCUUUGCACAAGCAGCAGUAAAUCAUCAAACCCCCCCCCCGCCCCCACUCGUGCCAGCAAAGCCUCCCUAAGAGACUAUUUAGAGUCCAUCAAAACUAUAGUCCAUAACCCAGCACUUCGCUAUCUCUGUCCAACGAGGAGGAGAAAGAGGUCACGUCUACAGCAGUAAGCGUGCUAUUCCGAUAUUACACUUCCCUGUCACUUCUCCAAGCCCCUGAGGACUGGCAGGCUCUCACUCUUUAUCGAGAGAGUGAGAGAGAGUGAUCUGGGAGAAGCCAGCGACUUGCAAACACACCACCUGCUCUCUUGGUGUUCGUGAUGUUCAUCUCCCUCGACACUUCAGUCAGUGAAUUUGGCAAGGAACUGGGUCAUCCAUGGGGUCACUCAACAACUUCUGACCUCCCAGUCCCGAGGGCACAGGUCUUCCAGGCUGUUCCUGGAGAUAGCAAAGCACUAGGCCGCACAGUCAGUCCAAAACCCCAUUGCUUGCUAAGAACCAUAGUUUGAACUGCAGUUCACAAACUCUGACAGAACCCCAAUCACCUUGAAAAGAAAAAGACAAGGAGAAAAAUAAGGUGUUUAGUGGACGAACUAGAAGUCGCCUGGGUCUAACAAAAUUUGCUGCUGCUAUCUUUCCUCACUCCUCCCAUUCCUAUGAGCAAUUUAAAUGCUGAGAUGUGUUUUCCCCUCUGAUGGUAUCUUAAAGCUGAAUGCUUCAAGUGAUAGCAUGUAGGCUUUCAUUUUUUUUUAUUUGGAGAUGAAAUUACACAGUGGAAACAUUUGUCCUUGAUAUGCACUUUUCCUCCAGUCACUCUUACUUUCAAAGUUAAACUUAAUAUCUCAUCGUUUCCCUUCUCUCUAUGCACAUCACCUCUCCAUAACCAACUAAUUGACAUAAACACAAAAGACUUUGCAGAUGUGGGAAAUCCAGAAUAACAUGAAAUGCUAAGGCAACUCAGCAGAUCAGGCAGCGUCUAUGGAGUGGAACAAAGACUUGGCGCUUCAGGCUGAGACCUUUCAUGAAGGGUCCUGGUGAAGGGUCUUGGCCCGAAACAUUGAUUUUUUUUUUCCUUUCCAUAAAUGCUGCCUGAUCAGCUAAUUGACAUGUCUAUUUACAUUUGCUCGUUUCCUUGCAGAAUGCGGGGAUUAGUGCAGAUAGCUUUCCUAAAGUAAGUUGUUAACCACAUUGUAUGAUGUUCCUCCAACCAGUCUAGUUUGUGCUGAAACACCCUUUUGCACAUCUGGCAGAGUUAUGCUAUUUACACUUGUCAUGGAGGUGAAGAAUAGUUCUUCUGAUCUUUUAGGAGGGAAACACUACAUCAAAAUUCAUAAUGGUUGGCAUAACACUUACUGCUCAACAUCAGAGUUAAAUUCCAGUGCCUUCUGUAAGAAAAUUUGUACAUCUUUCCCAGGAGUGCAUGUGUUUCCUCUGGUUUCCUUCCACAGUCCAAAGACCUACAAUUAGUAAUUGUAAAUUGCCCUGUAAUUAAGCUAGGGUUGGUCGUUGGGCGCCGUGGUUUGAUGUACUGGAAGGAUGUACUGUACUGUAUCUCUA